AUGACCCUCAACACCCUCCCCGCCGAUCACAUCCUCCGUCAGAUCCUCUCUCUCUUUGUGAUCACCUAUGUGGGAGCCCUGCUCAUGUACUUCAGCUUCGCCUACCCAUCCUAUCUCUUCGUCUUUGACCAGAAUCACAAGAAGCACCCCAAGUUCCUCAAGAACCAGGUCGCACUCGAGAUCAAAAUGUCUAUGAAGGCCCUUCCAGGAAUCGCCGUUAUGACCGUACCCUGGCUCCUGGGUGAGACUACUGCCCGUGCUGCCAUGCUUGGACCACUCGCGCCAUUGGUCGAACCAUUCAUGGAUGGAUGGGGUUAUACUGCAGUGAGCAUUGUCUGCUUUCUGCUGUUCACCGACUUUGGUAUCUACUGGAUCCAUCGCUGGUUGCAUCAUCCACUUCUCUACAAGCGUCUCCACAAGCCUCAUCACAAGUGGAUCAUCCCAACACCAUUCUCAUCUCACGCUUUCCACUUCAUGGACGGCUAUCUUCAGUCCGUGCCCUACCACUUGUUUGUGUACAUGAUGCCAAUGCAAAAGUAUAUCUACCUGGUCAUGUUUGCUUCCGUCAACUUUUGGUCCGUUCUCAUCCACGAUGGCGAAUACCUCGUCUCCAAUCCCGUCAUCAACUCUGCAGCCCACCAUGCCGUUCAUCAUCUGUACUUCAACUACAACUAUGGACAAUAUCUCACCCUCUGGGACCGUAUCGGACUUUCCUACCGCAAGCCUGAUGCAUCCAUGUACGACCCCUCUCUGAGAAUGGACAAGACCGUCUGGAAGAAGCAGGCAAAGGACGUCGACAACUUUGAUGACAAUGGAAAGCCCACAGCGGCCUCGGAUCAGACCUUCAAAUCGAAUGCUCAACCAAAGACUACCAAAGUCUUAUAA